GAAACUCAGUAAACACAGCAAAAACAGAAGAUAUCGCGAAUAUAAUCUCCCACCAGUAUAAAACAGAAGAAGCCCCCUCUCGCCCCCAUUCCACACACACAUUUGGAUCCGACUAGCAAGAGUCAAGCCAACCCAAUCUCCCUAUCUUCUCCGACCAUGUUUCGCUACGCCACCGCUCGUCUCCUGGCCCGAUCCGCGCCGUCCGGGGCUCGCCGAUUCGCCACCGAUCUGGAAGCAUCGCCGCCCACAGACGCCGCUUUUGUGGAAGCUUGGAAGAAAGUGGUGCCUAAUAUUGACCCACCUAAGACCCCUUUGGCUUAUAUGAAGGCUAGGCCUGCUACACCCACUUCGAUUCCUUCCAAGCUUACUGUUAAUUUCGUGCUUCCUUAUGCUUCUGAAUUAGCCAACAAAGAGGUUGAUAUGGUCAUAGUGCCUGCAACAACUGGACAGAUGGGUAUUCUUCCUGGACAUGUACCAACAAUUGCAGAGCUCAAACCUGGUCUCAUGUCAGUGCAUGAAGGAACUGAUGUGAAGAAGUAUUUUGUAAGCAGUGGCUUUGCUUUCAUCCACGCAAACUCUUAUGCAGAUAUAGUUGCAAUUGAGGCAGUCCCAGUUGAUCGAAUCGACGCAAACCAGGUACAGAAGGGCUUGGCAGAGUUCACACAGAAAUUGAGUUCAGCAACAACUGAUUUGGAGAAAGCUGAAGCUCAAAUUGGAGUGGAUGUGCAUAGUGCCCUCAAUUCUGCUCUUUCAGGCUAGUGUGUCACAUUUCUAUGAUUCUUGUUCCAAUAAUUGUCUCUUUUCUGUUGCUUUUGACAUGUCCUCGUGGCAAUUAGAUAUUUAAAUGAGAGCACUUGUUUUAAGAGUUUUUAUACUGGCUUGUGUCUUUUGAAUGUGAAAUUAAUUAAUAAGUCAAGACUUGAAAUGUUGGUUCA